CGCGCUCACGGGCAGGCCAUUCACGAGGCCGCGCGACGACCCAGCGAGACAAGGCUCGGGGGAGCAGCCUGCGACGCGUGUUACGGUGUUGGCUUUCUUCUCUACGGUCUUGACCUCUUCCAACAGUGGUUCACGUCCGGGCAGGGCAAAUUCGCAGGGUCGGUGGGUCGCGUGAGAAGAGAUUGGGUAAGGUUCACGCCAUCGCAGCUCCGUCCGUCCCUGCAGCGCGUCGCGGCCCGCCCAACCUCACCCUUCGGACACCUUAAUUCCAUCCUGAGGCAUGUUUGCACCUCACUCCAUCCAAUGCCGCACACCAUGGCUUCCUACUUCCCCGAAACCCUCGCUUCUCCCACCCUCGACAACGAAGAUGUCUUCUCCCCAAUCACCCCUUCCACCCCCGGCCCAGUAAAGUCAUCCGCGCUGCAAACCCGCAUCACCACCGUCUUGUCCGCCUCCUAUGCCGACCUCGAAAUCCGAGACGCCCUCGCCAUCCUCGACACCCGCGGCCUGCAAAACACCGCCGAGACCCGGCGCAAGCUCCGCCUUGAUGCCCAGCAAGACCUCGUACAGUGCAACGCCGAGAUCGUCCGCGACUUUGGCCAAGUGGCGCAGCAGCUCAAUCGCAUCGGUGCCGCCAUUGCCAAUCUGAACCGCACGUGUGCCGACCUGCGGAAAUGCGUUGGUGUUGCCCAGCGCCACACUGCUCCCAUGCUGCAGGAGGGCGCUUCCAUUUUGGCCGAUAAGCAGCAGGUGGAGACGAAGCAGCAGCUCCUCGAUGCCUUUCACGCUCACUUUGUCGUCUCGGACACUGACCUUGCCGUGCUCACGUCCACCGCUGAGCCAGUCAACGACGACUUUUUCCGAGUCCUCGAUCGCGUCAAGAAGAUCCACCAAGACAGUCACGUCUUACUCGGCGCCGAAAAUCAACGCCUCGGGCUGGAAAUUCUCGAGCAGAGCUCGAAACAGUUGAACGCCGCCUUUCAAAAAUUGUAUCGUUGGAUUCAGCGGGAAUUCAAGUCGCUCGACCUCGAGAACCCGCAGAUCAGUGCACGCAUUCGGCGAGCCUUGCGUGUCCUGGCGGAACGACCAUCCAUGUUCGAGGGCUGUCUGGACUACUUUGCCGAAGCCAGGGAGCGCGUGCUCUCCAACCACUUCUACGCCGCCCUGACCGGCGCACCCGUGGACCAACAUCACCCAGUCAUGGGCCAAGCAAUCGAACUCUCCGCCCACGAUCCCUUGCGAUAUGUCAGUGACAUGCUGGCCUGGGCACACUCGGCCACGGUCUCGGAACGCGAAGCGCUGGAGGCGCUGUUCAUCUCCGAAGGCAACGAAAUCGGCCGGAGCAUGCGAUCGGGUAUGGAGAGCGAGCCUUGGACUCGCAGGGAUGGCGAAGAGGACACGCCGCCCAUAUUUGACGGCCGCAAAUCCCUCAAUCACCUCGUUGAACGAGACUUGGCCGAUGUAUUUCGCCAACUCAAGCAGAGAACCGAGCAAGUCAUCCAAAGCCACGAAGACGCCACACUGUCCUACAAGAUCGCCAAUCUCGUCCUCUUCUACUGCAACAUCUUCUCCAACCUCCUCGGCUCUGACAGCGAACUACUUGCCACCCUCCGGCCCCUCUCCGACACCGCGAUGCGCAGCUUCCGCGCCACCAUGCGCGACCAAAUCGCCAGUCUUCAAGUCGAAGCCACCCUCGCCACCGCCGACCUCGCGCCCCCGGACUUCCUCCUCGAAGCGCUGGAAACGCUGCAAGUGCUGAUGAAAAGCUACGACACCUCCGUUGUGAGCAGCGACCGCGCGGCACGCAGCGAAGGCUUCCAACCCAUCCUCGAGGCAGCACUAGACCCCUUCCUCGCCGGCUGCGAAAACAUGACGCAGCGCCUGCGCGCACCUAACGACCACAUCUUCGCCCUAAACUGCUUGCUAGUCACCCGCGACACUUUACAGCAAUACCCCUUCGCCGACCGAAGCGAAGACCUCCGCCCUCGAAUCGAGCAGCACGAAGCGGACCUCAUGCGCGCCACGCACGCCUGGUUCAGCGAACAGUCGGGCCUCAAAAGCCUCACGGACGUCGUCGCCGUGCCCGACGAUCUCGCCUCUUUCUACACCGACUCGAAACUGCUUGUCUCCGUUGCGCAGCGUCUGGACGCCUUCCUGCCCACUGCCACGGAGGACGCGAGGGCUUUCCUGGCGCAGCUGGAGGAGAAGGGGUUGAUGAGGCGCGUUGUGGAGGUUGCGGCGGAGAGGUUUUGUGAGGAUUUCGAGGAGGUUGAGGGCUGGGUUCUGGCUGCUGAUCGGGCUAGGGGGAAGUUGAGGGAGGAGGAUGGCGGUCGAGAGGAGGAAGAUGGGGAGGAGGUGUGGUUGAGGGAUUUGUUCCCGCGGACGGGGGAUGAGAUUCGGGUUUUGUUGAGCUAGAGUUGCAUUAAGCUGUUGUUGGCGGCUGGACAAUCUAGCUCGUCGAUAUCGUACACUGUACACUGUCCAUGCAUCUAUUCCCGCGUCCAGCUCGCAAGGGUAUCUUGACACUUCCUGGCACCACUGCAUGCAAUCCGUUCCUCAGAUCUCAGAUCUCUUCACCUCUCCCCAUAAUCCCAACUUUCCAAUAUUGUAGACUAUUUUCCUCACCCCCCGCCCUUCUUCCUCUCCCACUCCUCCGGCGUGAAACACUUUGGCGUCCACGCGUGAAUCGCCGCAAUCUCCUCCUUCAACACCCCAUUCACCAACCUAUGCCGCGCAAGCGUCGUCUUGGACGCAAACUGGGGGGACACGAUGAUUGCUUCGAACAUUUGGCCGCAGCCGCCUGCAGACA